CCGGUCGAAUUUCACAAGCUCGCAUCUCCAGCUUUCACGUGUUAGGAGAGAGAGAUCGAGAGCCCAACGAUCGAGAAUCAGCCUUGUGAAAUUUAUCUAUCGUCUUGAAAAACUACGGGACCUCAAUAAUUGGACAAACUGGAUCUUCCAUCUUUUCAUCAAACGGGACCAGUUGGAUAUCUUGCAUGGUUUCCGUUUGGUAUGAAAAAAAUAACUGUCUGCCAACUACUUUUUAGGAUGGAGUCAUCCCCUGACGCACAUUGAUGAAACUAUUGAAUGAUCAAUAGCUUGGUGGGGUGACAAAAGAAUACUUAACACGCUUCAGCGAAGCUUCCCCCAAUCACCCAUUCUAAAGUUUGUCUUUCAUUGAAAAGAGACUCUUCGAAACUGGUGUUGUUUACAACAAUCAAACUCGCAAACGUGCGUGUGUCGGGAGAGGGAGAAGGGGAAUGAUCUGUGUUCGAAGCGCACAUUUUUUUUGCUGAUGAAGUUUCGAGAUUUUUAACUUUGGAGAACUGCAGGAGCUACUAGGAUAGAUCUUCAAAAGGAGGGGACAACAACUCCAGGAGCUUGAAGAUGGAGGGCCCCGAACACGAAGCGGGAGGCGAUUUGCGGAAUGAGAUAACACAGCAUGAGCAAGCCCUUCUGAAUGGUGACGACAUCGACAACGGCCACCACAGCGUCAAUGACGACCGACCCGUGACGGUCGGCGAGCAGGUGCGACAGGACAGCGACUCCGCCGGUGGAGCCCCCGUCCUCGCCACCGCCCAUCUCACCAUGGACCAGAGGCCGUCGAAGGAUUUCGGAGGGGGCGGGGACGAGUCGGGGGUGGGGUCGAUCACCGAUGGUUCCUCGGUGACGAGCAAGAGGGGAAAUAAGAUGGGGAAGGAUGAGGAUUCGGACCAUAGCGACAGCGGGUGGGAUACAGACUUGGAAGUGGAUGAAACAGAAAAGAUAGAGGCGUAUGACCCGACUGGCCGUAAAACCUACAAAAAGGCUUGCCUGGAUAUAGGUGUUGUGCCAGCUUCACAUUUCUUGCGUCACAUGACCACGAGUCGAGUCUCGAUGAAGCACCAUGGGGUCGGACCUCAAGGCGCCAAGGCCAUUGCAGUAGCCCUUGUGGCGAAUACAACGGUUUUAACCUUGGACUUGGAGGAUAAUUGGAUUGAGGGGGAAGGUGGCGUGUAUAUUGCUGAUAUGCUCAAAGAAAAUUGCUAUAUAAGUGACCUUAAUCUUGCCGAGAAUAAAAUAGGAUCAAAAGGAGCCAAGGCGAUGGGAGAGAUGUUAUUAGACAACACAAACUUGAGAAGAGUUAACCUAUCAGGUAAUGACUUCAAAGACAAAGAUGCAAAUGAAUUCACCGAUGCAUUUAGGACAAACUACAGGAUAAAAGAGCUCAUCCUAAGUCACAAUGAGUUUGGCGAGGUGGGAGGGGAGAUCCUUGGACAUGGAAUAGGUGCAACUGAAUCUAUAGAACAUUUAAACCUCAGCUGGAACCACCUGAGAAGGAAAGGGGCAAUAGCUAUCUGCAGAGGAUUGGCGGAAAACCUUAGUAUUAAGAGAUUGAACCUCUCCUGGAACGGCUUCGGCAAUGAGGGUGCGCUGGCCAUGGCAGAGGCUCUCAAGUUCAACAGCACGCUGCAAUGGUUAGACCUGAGUAACAACAGGAUCACCAAUGAGGGCGCCUUCAUGAUGUCGAAGGGGGUAGAGAUCAACGACAGUAUUAAGGUCUUGAAGCUUGGUCAAAACCCCAUCACAGCAGCUGGAGCUAUGGCAAUUCUCAUUGCAAUCAAGAACAAUUCAAACACUGUAAUAGAACUACUAGACUUUGCAGAUAUCACAGUGAACAAAGACUGCGUGAAGCUGUUGACCGAACUGAAGGAGAUUCGUCCAGAGUUCCUGGUCACCUAUAAGUCAUCCUUUGGCCAGUUUGAGAAGCCUCCUGAGAAGGAGCCAGAUCCCUUAAAGAUGCUCAAAGACUUCAUCUCGGCAAACAACCUGAGAGUAUGGGACCUCUUCAAGGCUUACGACAAGGACAAGAGCUUGACGGUCACCCGGGAGGAGUUCAAGAAAGGACUAGUGAGCUCAGGUUUACAGAUGAAACCGCAUCUAUUGAACAGACUGGUAGAAACAUUAGACAAGGACGGGGAUGGAGAGAUUGAUUAUGGAGAGCUUAAGAUUGGCCAUGCUGAGAUGAUACAAGCCGAACGCGAGGAGCGCAAGCGACAGAUGGAACGGGUGCAGCAGAACAGGCGGAACCCACUCUACAAGCCGGUCGCCGAUCAGUUCCAGGACCUGAAGCCCAAGGUGGUCCGCGAUGCACUAUCACCGGAUCGUCUCCAGAAGCUGCGCACCACCAUCAAACCAGACACAACUCAGUGGGACUCGCGAGGGAGGAAGGCCGAUACUGUCAGUGCGGGUAUAAGGUCUCUGGAUGCAACGGUCAACUUCACCAGCGAACUUGAUGAAAAGUAUGUUAACGAGGAACAGUGGUUGAGCAAGACCCUGGAGCCAGCACCUAGGACACCUAGCCCUGGUGGGUCAAGGGCCAAGACUCCAAGGGCCAAGAGUCCUAGGAACAAGAGUCCUGGGUCUAAAUCCCCAACCAAAUCACCAAAGACAAAUGCCCUGAAUGCAACGCUGUGAUGAAUGCUACAUGAACAAACUUGAAAUACUGUCCUUGAAAGGCAGUGUAGAAUUUAAUGCUAUGGUCACAUUGGCGAAACCAACUCCAGGUCAACCAUACAACACUUUAUCAAAUAGCAUACCAUUGGUUGGUUUGGAAUCAGUUUCGAUGGUGUAAAUAAUGUAUGAUGUUUCUAUGCAAAAAUGAUGCAUUCAUUUGUAUUAU